AAUAAAUUUAUUUUAAUAUUUUAGUUGGCGACGUAUGUAAGAAUAUCAAACAGAUUAAAAGAAAACGUGUUAUUUAAUCCGAUUUAAGUUAGUUAUUUACAAGUUAGUAGCUGUGCUUUAUUUUAUCACGUAUACUGUUGAUUUAUAGACAAAAUCAAUGAACCUGGAUAUUUUAUUAACACUCACCUAUUAUUUACACAGAUACUGAAUGUAUUCAAUUUUCGACCAAGAGGAUUUAGUCUCAACGAUCGAUCCGUUUAAACUGGUGAGGACAUCGUCCUUCUUCAUUCCCAAACGGGAGAAAAAGAGAGGCUUUAUUUAAACUUCGUCGUUGCUUUCAUCGUCUCUCAUCACCGACUCCAUCUUAUUCAUUUCAGUACCUUGGCCGCCUCCUCCUCGUCAAUUGGACUUAAUUUAAGUAAAUUUGCCCGCUCUACGGACGUCAUUUCGACUGCUCCACACUCUCAGUCGCCUCUGGCAUUUUUCACCAGCCAGAUAUCAUUUAUCCGGUCCCCAUUGGCCAGCCAGAGUGCGUGCACCAGUGUCGUCGAUAGAAGGGAGUCGUUUCGGUGAUUUCAACGUUGUCAUUCUUCAAGUCGACAGUCCAUUCCAGACGUUGCUUCAGAUUGGUAUUCGCCAAGACGGCUCAGCCUUCCAGCUCUCGUCAACUAUUUGGGUUUGCGCUCGUCCGCACUCACCCUUAAGCGCAAGGGUCGGCAUCCGGUUACCCUCGUGAUAAAUGGAUAUUGAGUCACGUUUCCUGCAAAUUAAGAUGCUAAACAUCGACAACAGCUUCCUGCAAAAUCGGCGCCAGCGAGAAACGACGGGAAUCAAGAAAUUGUAUAAUUCCUUCUUCGUCAUGUUUUAAGAAGAAAUCCGCGACGCAGCUCGUUUUUUUUUCGUUUUUCGUUGUUUCGUUACUCGCGCUGAACUGCAUCGCAAAGGGGGCGUUAUCGCGUUUAUCAUCCCCUUCGUAAAAAGGUAGAAAAGAAGUCGUUUUAGAGAUCAUUUCAUCAUCGGGCCUUCUUCAGCUUUCAUUUUCAUCGAUAGUCGUGUUAUCAUCUAGCCCAUCUAGCUAUCGUUUCUCCUCUUCGUCGUCUUAUUAUGGAGUACAAAUUGUAUGAGAGUUCUGACAUCUUGUUGAACGAAACCACCUCCUCCAGUUCCAAAGAGUCUUGGAAUUUACCGAAUUGUGUCAUGGACAAGGGUGAAGAGUAUUUCGCUUGGGGUCAGCUGAAAAUCGACGAAGACGAGUUUCAAGGCGACGGCAAGAUCGGCGCGCAACGUAAGAGGAAGGCCUCGGCGGAUUUGAAGGAGGACCAGAAUGCCAAACAGGCCAGCUACAAAAUUAUCAAAGAUCCGCUCAGUUUGGAGGACAAGGCUGGAGAGGCGAAGAAGAUAGCGCACGUCGUUAAAGGUGCUGCUACAAGACUUUCACAGUGGGAUGUAGAAGAUUAUGAAGACAUUCAGCAAGAUAUUGACAGUUCUAUUCAUUUGGGAACCGAGUUGACACCCAAUACCUAUGUUAGUGAAUCUUUAUUAACAAUUAAUGGAAUGCCAUCAGUAUUUAAGCAAGAAACCCCGUCACCCACCAUGAACGACGUGGUUCAACUGCAAAUCGCUAGGCAGCAACACCAUAGCCCGAAUUCCACCCAGCAAGCCACCAUUAUGAACCCAGUAAAUAGUACCGUAGAAGAAAAUAGUCAGAACGCGUUCAGUAACACGCUUAAUCAGUUAUUCAGUCAGACAUCAUUAACGAACAUCCAUAACGUCAUUGAUAAUAACAAUCUAUCUACCUCACCACAUUUUCAAGACAACUAUGGCGUUUCAUCGACUAACUACGGUGUCAACGAAGACACUAGGUUUCAGUAUGUAUUGGCAGCUGCGACAAGCAUUGCAACUAAACAAAACGAGGAUACGUUGACGUAUUUGAACCAGGGACAAAGUUACGAGAUCAAGUUGAAGAAAUUAGGCGAUCUGUCCAUGUACAGAGGAAAAUUGCUAAGGUCAAUAAUACGCAUUUGCUUCCACGAAAGACGCCUCCAGUUUAUGGAAAAAGAACAGAUGGAAUCAUGGCAGAAAGCUAGACCCGGAGAUCGUAUUUUAGAAGUAGACAUUCCGCUAUCGUACGGAGCUUUUGACAUCGUACAGCCCGGAACAGCUUUCAACGUUAUUACCUUUGUCUGGGAUCCAACCAAGGAAGUUGGGGUUUACAUAAAGGUCAAUUGCAUUAGUACGGAGUUCACACCGAAGAAACACGGCGGUGAGAAGGGUGUACCAUUUCGCAUCCAAGUGGAGACCUAUCAGAACGAGGACAACUUGGUGGCCUCGAAGCGCCUCCACGCGGCUGCCUGUCAAAUUAAAGUGUUUAAAUUGAAGGGAGCGGAUCGAAAACACAAACAGGACAGAGAGAAGAUCAUGAAACGUCCGCCCGCCGAACAAGGGAAGUACCAGGCCAGUUGCGAGUGCACCGUUUUAAGUGAUAUUCCCUCUGAUGCUGUCCUGCAAAGCUCUCCUCUACCAUCAAUUACAGCAUACCAUCCUGUCAAAAGCGGACCGGAAAUUCAAAAGUCACCGAUUGGCGGUCAGAACGAACCCGUCCUUGCCCAGCAAAACGUCAACCUUCAGAAAAUAUCUCUAUGCGUCACACCGCCCAGUCCUCAGGAAAGUAAGGACGAUAGUUCUAGCGCCGAUGGACCAAACGAACUGUCAUUUGAUCAGUUAAACCAGCAUGGUACACCCGAAGAGACCGUGCGCUGGUUGACGGCGAAUCGAUUUGAAAAAUACUUGGAAACGUUCUCAAGAUUUUCUGGAUCAGAUAUGCUUCGAUUGUCGCGUGACGAUCUCAUUGACAUUUGCGGACAAGCCGAUGGAAUUAGAUUGCACAACGCUUUGCACCAAAAAGCUAUAGCUCCCAAACUGAAAAUAUACAUCUGUCAGGAAAACUCUACAGUUUUCAAUGCCGUUUUUCUGUCGUCCCACAAUCAUAUGGAACUUCUUCAAAAGCUUUGCUCCAUGGUAACCAUUACCUGCGAUCAAGUCAAAGCCAUUUAUGUGGAAGGUCCCCAUUCUAUACAUAUCCAAUUAAGUGACGAUGUUCUUCAACACGUUGAAGAAGAGACCAUGUUUUCCUUAAGUAAUGCAGGAAAAAGGAAAUUACAUAUUUUUACUAAAGCGGAAAAUCAAAAAGUGAUGGCUGUUGUAAAUAUGCUUUACUAUUGAUGUAGUAUGCAAGAAUGAGAUAUUUCCAUUUUUUUUUAUUAGCAAUACUGAGUAUUGUGACUUUCUUGCAAAUUAUACCAAUACCUGAAGAAGUAUUUUAAAAUAAUAGCAAGAUGAAUGACACGAAGAAACGUUUACUUGGUCACAGUAAGAUGAAAUAAUUUUAAUUUUAUGUUAUUUUGGUAUAUAUACCAUAAGAUCGAUACGAGAAAGUUAUCAUAGAAAAUCGCUGUCAUUUCAAAUAGAAUAAAAUUUCAGAUGUCAACGAUCGUCACUUUCAAGGCAACUUAACUUUUUUCGAUCGUACGGUAUAUAUAUAUAUAUAUAUAUAUACCUGUGUUAUGAUUUAUUAUAGAAUCCAUUAUCCCAUUUUAUUAUUCAAUGAUAUAUAUUUUAAUAAAUAAUAUUAUUCAUCGCUGUUAGUAUUAUCUACUCUACAUUGCUAAUUUUUUUGUCUACAUGUAGUAUAAACUUAUGAUAAAAAGAAAAACAUUUUUUUCUUUUCGACGUACGUGCCUUACAAAUGCCUCAUAAAUGAAUUAAUAUAUUUUAAUACAGAAUAUUUUACUGAAUUGUACGUCGUUACAAAAAAAGCGUAGUAUUUACAGAUUUUACUCAUGUUAAACAUAAAAUUAUAAAUAGUUUAGAUAUAGCUGCAUGGUUUAGUUCUUUUGAAGUAAAAAAUAUCACUAAUUUUCGUAUAAAAUACGAAGAUAUAAGAUAUAUUAUUAUUAAGGAUAUAUAAUUAUUACUAAGGGCCGGUUCUUCAAAGCAAGUAUAUACCAGGUAUAUCCAAUUCUUGGAAUAUCUAUUAAAAUUCCCAUUCAAAAAGUAUAAAAUGUUUGGAGAAUAAUUAUCCCGAAUUUAUACUUGCUUUGUAGAAUCGGCCCUAAGGAACAAAACAAGCUGUAUAUGUACAGGGUGGGUCAAAUUGGACGCUUUUAAAGGGAAACACCCUUUUCUAUAGGAGAUAGACGAAAACUAAUAUCGGUAUCUGGAGCUCAAUUUUUAUCAAAAACAUGA